GUAAAGAUGGCAGAAGGAGGAGCGGCUGAUCUCGAUACUCAGAGAGGAGAGGUCGUGGCAUUGUUGAAAACUCAGUUAAGAAAAGGAGACACUUGGUUCUUGGUGGACAGUCGCUGGUUCAAACAGUGGAAGAAAUAUGUGGGUUAUGAUAGCUGGGACAAAUACCAGAUGGGGGACCAGAAUGUCUACCCAGGACCGGUGGACAACUCCGGCCUUCUCAAAGAUGGGGACGUGUUGGCCAUCAAGGAGCACCUCAUCGAUGAGCUCGACUACAUCCUGGUCCCAACAGAAAGCUGGAAUAAGCUUGUCAGCUGGUAUGGGCUGACAGAAGGCCAGGAACCGAUCGCACGCAAGGUUGUGGAGCAGGGUAUGUUCGUGAAGCACUGCAAGGUGGAAGUGUACCCGACGGAGCUGAAGCUUUGUGAAGACAGCAACAUGGACAACAUGAUCACCAGGCGCUUCAGUAAAGCUGACACGAUAGAUAUGAUAGAGAAAGAAAUGAGGAAACUGUUCAGCAUCUCUGAUGACAAGGACACCAGACUGUGGAACAGGUACAUGAGCAACACCUUCGAGCCUCUCAACAAACCUGACAGCACCAUUCAAGACGCCGGCCUCUAUCAAGGACAGGUUCUUGUAAUAGAGCAGAAGAACGAAGACGGCACGUGGCCCCGAGGCGCCAUGGCAGCCAAGUCAUCUGGCGCUUCCAAUCUCUCUGCUUUGCCAAAGAUCUCGCCUUCAUCUCUCACAAACAAUCAUAGCAGCAGCUUCAACAGCAGGAAUGUGAAGAACUCAAGUUAUAGUCUGCCAUCGUACCCAUCGUACUGCAACAGCUAUGACUACUCAGACCAGAACAGACAGAGUGAGCGCUCAGGCCUCUGUGGACUGUCCAACCUGGGAAACACCUGCUUCAUGAACUCUGCCGUGCAGUGUUUAAGCAAUAUCCCCCCUCUGACGGAGUACUUCCUCAAAGAUAAAUACAGGGACGAGCUGAAUGAGGACAACCCCCUCGGCAUGAAGGGCGAGAUCGCCAGAGCCUACGCUGAACUCCUCAAGCAGCUGUGGUCGGGAAAAUACAGCUACGUCACCCCCAGACCCUUCAAGACGCAGGUGGGUCGCUUUGCCCCGCAGUUCUCGGGCUACCAGCAGCAGGACUCCCACGAGCUGCUGGCGUUCCUCCUGGACGGCCUUCACGAAGACCUGAACCGCAUCAGGAAGAAGCCCUACAUCCAGCUCAAGGACGCAAAUGGACGGCCCGAUAAGGUCGUGGCGGAGGAGGCGUGGGAGAACCACAUUAAGCGGAACGACUCGAUCAUCGUGGACAUCUUCCACGGGCUCUUCAAGUCAACUUUAGUGUGUCCGGUGUGCUUUAAGGUCUCUGUGACCUUUGACCCUUUCUGCUACUUGACGCUGCCGCUGCCCAUGAAGAAAGAGCGAACGCUCGAGGUCUAUCUGGUCAGACUGGACCCCCUGGCUAAACCCACACAGUACAAGCUGACCGUGCCAAAGGUGGGCUACAUCUCUGACCUGUGCACGUCCCUCUCCUGCCUGUCGGGGGUUCCUGCUGAGAAGAUGAUUGUAACCGACAUCUACAACCACCGUUUCCACCGAAUCUUCGCCACAAACGAGAACCUCAGCAGCAUCAUGGAGCGGGACGAUAUUUAUGUCUUCGAGGUGGCGGUGAACAAAUCGGAGGACACGGACCACGUGGUGAUCCCAGUCCACUUGAGGGAAAAGUACAAGCAGUCGGGUUAUAACCACACCAGCACACCGCAGUUCGGACUGCCCUUCCUCAUUGCCGUCCCCAGAUCGCUGAGCGAAGACAAACUCUACAACAUGCUGCUGCUGCGCCUCUGCCGGUUUGUGCGAUCUUCUGUAGAGGAGGACGAGGAGGACAGCGAAGAGACGCAACCAUCCAAACCACACACUGUGAACGGAAACGCCACCAAUGGACUGCUGGAAGAGGGCUCGCCAAGCGAGAUGGAGACGGACGAGCAGGACGACGAGUCCAGCCAGGACCAGGAGCUGCCGUCCGAGAACGAGAACAGCCAGUCCGAGGAUUCUGUGGGCGGAGACAACGAGCUGGAGAACGGCGUGGUCGCUCCUCAAAACUCCACAAAAGGACAACAAACAGCCGGGCACAACAGAAAGAGACUUUUUACAUUCCAGUUUAACAACAUGGGCAAAACGGACUUCUUGCUCAUCAAGGAGGACACCAAGCUGAUCCGCUUCGACGAGGCCCACCUCAGACUAAGUGACCGCUCCUAUCUCUCUUUGGACUGGGAACCAGAGAUAAAGAAGAAGUAUUUUGAUGAAACUGUUGUCGAGGACUUUGACAGACAUGAGAGCAUGGAGUACAAGCCUCAGAAGAAGGCUUUCUUCAAGCUGAAGGACUGCAUCGAGCUGUUUACCACAAUGGAGAAACUGGGAGCAGAGGACCCCUGGUACUGUCCAAACUGUAAGCAGCAUCAACAGGCCACGAAGAAGCUGGACCUGUGGUCCUUACCUCCAGUUCUGGUGGUCCACCUGAAGCGCUUCUCUUACAGCCGCUACAUGAGGGACAAACUGGACUCUCUCGUUGACUUUCCUCUCAGAGACCUGGACAUGUCUGAGUUCCUGAUCAACCCGAACGCCGGGCCGUGUCUCUACGAUCUCAUCGCCGUGUCCAACCACUACGGCGGGAUGGGCGGAGGGCACUAUACUGCUUACGCUAAGAACAAAGAUGAUGGGAAGUGGUACAACUUUGACGACAGCAGCGUGUCUCCUGCCAGCGAAGACCAAAUAGUGUCUAAAGCUGGUUACGUGUUGUUCUAUCAGCGCCAAGACACGGUGAAAGGUACUGGCUAUUUUGCCCUCGACCGUGAGGAGGAAGAGGAAGAAGAAGAAGAGGAAGAGGAGGAGGAGGAGGAAGAAGAGGAAGAGGAAGCUGAGGAGGAAAACGAGUCUGAGGAGCUGCAUGACAGAAAGACUGUCUCGUCUGCUCAGGGAGCCUCGGCCUCCACCCAAAGUGAAGAGGAGGAACUAAACGAGAACAAGAGCAGGAGGAAUGACCAGGAGGAAGAGGAGGAAGAGCAGGCAUCCAGUCGGGACGUAACCAUGAAAACCAACUGAGAUACACGAGGACAAAUGGAGACAGAACGGGAUCUCUCCAUCCAAAGCCAUACGGACAGCGUGGCAGCAGGCGUCGCCGGGCCCGCCCAGCGGUUUGGACUCAGCCGCUCCACAGGCGGAGCCGCCGCCGGGUCAGGGAGCCGCCGGGGUACGCAUCUGAGAAAUCAGGACCCUCCUGUGGGUGAUCACAGUGUGUAUGUGUGUGUGUGUUGCUCCUGUCUGAACAGAGACCGAACACCAGAGACGGGUUUCUGAGUGUCCCCAUUGUUUUAAUUUCUGUUCUCAACAGUCUGCAGAUCAUUUUACUCUUUAGAUUUUGUAAAUAUUUUAAAAAACACUGAAUUUUCAUGAUGAGCUGAAAUGUUUUGAACUUGCACAAUCACCAGCCAUCCACCAUAUCUUUUUAUUUUAUUUUAUCGUAUUCAUGCCAGAAAACCUGCAGUUUUCUCUCCUGAAGACUGAGACGCGUCUACAAUCCAGAUUAAAGAAGAGUCGCGGGGUUUUAGCUUUGAGCUGCCGCUGCUAAUCCU